ACUGCCCUGUCCGCGGUGUAGCUCUGCUCAUUCUGCACUGGCUGCUGUCAGCACGCAGAGUCUGAACGGCGAGGCGUAACACUGUUACUCCACAAAACCGUGUGUUGACACGCUAGUCAUGAAACUGUCGAUUUGGAUAUCAGACUGUCCUAAAAGCCCAGAUGACAAGCCUUAACACAGAGCGAAACGGUAGGAGUAUGAAUCUUCUCUGGACUGCAAAGCUGUUCUGGGCUAGAGCUGGACUCAAAUAAACAGGUGGCUUUCACAUUGGAUUCUUAAACAUCUGAUUAUUGCUGGUAAAGCAAGAUAAAGACAGAGGGUUGAACAUCUGCUGAACACAUCAGCGGAAGGCUGUCACCAGGUGGGCUGUAUGCUGUGGCUUUGGAGACGGAGACGGAGCCAGAGGACUUCUUUUUGCCCACAGGCCUAGGCUGUCCAAAGGGGGGAUGAUCUGGAGCGCUCCACAUAGGCCUAUCAUUAGGCCAUUGGGGCCCAUGCUAAGGAAUGGAUAGUUUUGCUGCUAAAUGUUACAGUGCAGCUUCCCUUUAACUAUGGGGUACCGGUGAAGGAUUGAUAUGGAAUUCCUUUUUUUCCUUGGAAUCAUCUAAAGCAGCAGUUGAGGCUAAGCAAAGCAACUUUUAUUUGCCUUUUAGGAUUUAUAUAAUUUGACAGUUUAAUAUAAAUGUGUCUACAUAGCAUUUAUUGUUUUUAGGUGACUACCGUUAUAUUACAAAGCAGACCUUUGGAUUUAUGUACAAACAAAAACCAUGGCGGCUACCUAUCGCAUUGUGGUCAGCAGUAUUAACUGUUAUAACAGCGUUGUGAUUGACCGUCGUGUCCAGCACACUGUACACUACUGUAAUGGGCCCUGUGGUGCACUAAAACAUGGACUGAACUGCACAGUGGCUCACCGCAGCACUUGUGCAGAACUUGUUGAUACCCCCAUAUCUAGAACCUGCUCUGACCGGCCCAUCAGCAUUCAUGAGUCCAAAACGAUGGAGAAUGGCAACACCGGACCUGGUGCUUUCUGUGAUGACUACCACCAGGUCAUCCCCAGAGUUAAGAAAGGAUCUGCCAUCCAAAGCUCAGCAAGCCUCAAGGAUAUUACAGGGGAAGCUAUCAACCUGGCCAGUGGAAAAAUCAAAGAGUUUUCAUUUGAGAAAAUCAAAUACUCUUCCAGCCACGUGACUUUCAGAAAGGGCCGUAAGGUUCGGCCGGACUCCUUCAGCAGGAGGUCCACUGAUCUGGACAUAAUCUAUGGCCAGUUCACAGGCAACGAUGAGAAUUGUCCUCCAUUCGGCCUGUUUCAGAAGUCUGUACUCGAAGAGCAUAAACUAAGUCGCAGUGCAUCCUUAGAGCAGAACCUAAACAAUGUGGCCACGCUCUAUCUAAACAGCCUUACCGAGGAGAACCUAAUUACCCGUAUACUGGAGAAAACCAAGGCAGACAGCAGUGCCUCAGGAGAAGACAUUAAAGCCUGUCUGGACAUUCUCCUCAAGUGCUCGGAAGAUCUGAAGAAGUGCACAGACAUCAUCAAACAGUGUAUCAAAAGGAAGUCGAUGGACGGAAGCAGCGACGACUCCGGGAACCCUGAAGUCAUUUAUAAAAAUGUGAUGGCUCGCCUCUCCAACUAUCUGAAGAGGCUUCCUCUUGAACUGGAACAGGGGCAAAGUGUGAGGCAGGAGCACAGCGAGCUUGCUGAACUAGUCAACAGCAUACACGGGCUGCAACAAAUCCCUUUCUCCCCCAUCUUUGGCAAUGAGCAACCUCCACGCUACGAAGACGUUGUUCAGUCUCCUCCGCACACAAAGCCUCGAGCUAAACCCUCCCAGCCAGAACCUCCAGAAGGCUCUAGGGAUCUUGCAAGCAGUGUGAAACCCAUUCAGAGCCCAGCUGGUUUGUCAGCACGUACACCUCCAUCAACUAAUGGGUUCCCACAUGGCAACUUGCCUUCAGCCUCCAGUAGCGGUUCAAUGCCUUAUAUCUGCCACCACACAGUCUCAACCAGCCGACCGGACACAUUUUCUUCCACAAACUCUCUCUUGUCUAGUAGUAGCGAAAGCCUCUGUAAGGAUGCCAUGGAAGCUCUGUAUAUCGAGGAGGAGGAUUCGGAUGUGGGAAGGAUGCCAGACAGGGCAGUUAAAGGGGAUGGGAAGCACAGCUGUAGUAUUUCGGAGUCCAGACCAUUCUCCAAAAGACCCACUGGCUACUCUGAACCUAGUAGUGGUGUUUCAGAAAAACUUCAUGAACUUAGCAGAAAUGGAACUGUGUACAAGCCUAAAAAUGACUUGACGGUCAACAAGAUGUUCUUGCCAAAAAGCACAGAUUCCAGACUCUUCUCUAGGUCAACCUCGCACAUUAAUAAAGGGGGAGCCGAUGACAUUGAUAAACUGCUGAUGGACCUGGAGUGUCUUUCUCAGAACAUGCAAAAGGAACCUCCACUGCCCCCUAAACUUAAAAACUGUGCCCAGCAGACAGGCUCCCCCCAGCAUUUGAUUGGUAGCUCUGCUAAUGAUCUACCAGUGGCGGGUGUGUCUGGACCCUUGGUGACCAAGCCCUCUGAAAAAGCAGUUGAGGCCACCGAAGAGGAUGAUGGAGCUCUGCUGCUCAGGAUUCUUGAGAGCAUUGAGAGCUUUGCUCAGGAGUUGGUGGAGAGUGGAGCUGGGAGAGGAACACAGUCUAAGGAGCGAGAGGUCAUGCGUCUUCUCCAGGACACACUGGCCAGCACCAAAGCAGAGGUAGCUCCACUCCCACUGCCUGUACCUCCGUCUGAGACUACAUCUACACCAACACAAACUCCUAAAUGCAUACCUGCACCAACACCCUCAAGUGCACCUGCUGCCAUACAAACCCCUGCUUCUACUGUAAGGGACACAGGCUCAACACUUCUCAUUCAACAGAUGCCCGAAGUCAUCAGGAUCCAGCCUGAGAAGAAACCUGGAACACCUCCUCCAGCUCUAGCACCUGCACCCUCUUCGCCAACCCCACGGCCGCCCAGCCCUCCUCCAGCCAAAGUGGUGGCCACACCCCCACCCCCCUCCAUAAACAUUCCACGCUUCUACUUCCCCAAAGGCCUUCCAAACUGUGCAGCCAACUAUGAUGAGGCCAUUGCCAAAAUCGAGGCAGCCUUCACAGAGUUCGAGGAGGAGAAAGCUGACAUUUAUGAAAUGGGGAAGAUAGCAAAGGCAUGCGGGUGUCCCCUCUAUUGGAAAGCACCAAUGUUUAUUUGCGCUGGUGGAGAGAGGACAGGUUUUGUUUCUGUUCACUCAUUCAUUGCAACAUGGAGAAAGUUAUUACACAGCUGCUAUGAUGAUGCAUCCAAGUUUGUUUACUUGCUGGCCAAACCGGGCUGCAAUUACCUGGAACAAGAAGAUUUCAUCCCUCUGUUACAGGACAUCGUGGACACUCAUUCAGGGCUGACAUUUUUAAAAGAUGCACCUGAAUUCCAUUCCCGGUACAUCACAACAGUGAUUCAAAGAAUAUUUUACACAGUUAAUCGCUCUUGGACAGGCAAAAUCAACAUGACAGAGCUCAGGAGAAGCAACUUCCUCCAGACUCUCGCCUUGCUGGAAGAAGAGGAUGACAUCAAUCAAAUCACAGAUUAUUUCUCUUAUGAGCACUUCUAUGUCAUUUACUGUAAGUUCUGGGAGCUGGACGCUGACCAUGACCUCUUCAUUGACCCCAAGGAUCUGGCCAGGUACAACGACCAUGCCUCAUCAAGCAGAAUCAUUGAGAGGCUGUUCUCAGGAGCUGUCACAAGGGGAAACUCGGUGCAAAGAGAAGGACGAAUGAGCUAUGCUGAGUUUGUUUGGUUCCUCAUUUCAGAGGAGGACAAAAAGAAUCCCACAAGUGUAGAGUACUGGUUCCGCUGUAUGGAUAUGGAUGGAGAUGGUGUUCUGUCCAUGUUUGAAUUGGAGUUUUUCUAUGAGGAGCAGUGUGAGCGCAUGGAGGGCAUGGGCAUUGAACCACUGCCUUUCCAAGAUCUCCUGUGCCAGAUGCUGGACUUAGUUAAACCAGAAUGUCCAGGUAAAAUUACUCUUCGAGAUCUGAAGCGCUGCAGGAUGGCACAUAUAUUCUAUGACACAUUCUUCAAUCUGGAGAAGUACCUGGACCAUGAGCAGAGAGAUCCCUUUGCAGUGCAGAAGGAUUUGGAUAGUGAUGGUCCAGAGCCCUCAGACUGGGACAAGUAUGCUGCCGAAGAGUAUGAGAUUCUUGUGGCCGAGGAGACGGCCAAUGAACAGCUACGAGAGGGAUCUUUCGACGAUGAUUAUGAGUCCGAUGAGCUCACAGUCUCCACAGACAUUGGAAAUAAAAUGAAUAAGCUGGUCAUAUCUGAUUUAUCGGGAUAAUUUGCCAUUUUGGUCUACACACCAUGACGUUGUACGGAUAGCCACCUCGCCAUAUUUUCCCUCACGUGUCAAAAAGGGAAAACAUUUUUCUACAUUUCACGACAUUUGCGUGUGUGUGCAUGUGUGCAAUAGAACUAAUUCUAAAACCAAAAGGCUUCAGACACCCACAAAAAGGCUUUAUGUGCAAUAUGUCUUAACAUGUAAAUGUAAAAUCAUUGUUUUUCACUCUUACCGAUAGUCACAUCCACUCCCCUCAAACUAAACUGCCGGCUGGUUCCAUCCACCCUUCACAAAGACUUUGAUGUGAAACAAAAGACUUUUUAUUAACUUUAGAAAGAGUUUAGAAUGUGCUUUAAUGUGAGUGAAUCUAUAUAUAAUACUGCCAUAUAUUUUUAAAGGGUGGGGAGGGAAAAAAGAGAGACUUUAUACUUGUGUAGCACGUAACUCACAGAAAAUUGUCCUCUCGGACUGAAUCAGAUGUUUUAGUCAUGAGAUCAGCACAUAUCCUGUGCUAUGCUGUGUUGCACAUUAUGUUUAAGGGAUAUGGCAACGGUGCAAACGUAUUGCUCCCAGUGGUCACUGAUGGUAUUGCAUGUUGUUGCUUAAAAAAAAAAAAAAAAGAAUUUGUGACUUUUACAGUGUUUGAACUUACCUACAGACAUCGAGCCUCCAUUGACAUAUUUCCAGACGAACUGACCAGGACAAUCUUAGACUUGAAAGUGCUUUUUGGAAAUGUCCUUUCUCAGCUAUUAUAAUAUGUUUUUAUCUGGAGUUGAAAUGGUCAUAUCUUUUUCAAGAAAUGUAAACAUUAAAUAUAUAUAUAUAAAUUCAUCAUGCUUUUCAUCCUCAGUGUACAGAGACAUUUGUCCCAUACCAUUUUGUGUAUGUAUUUAAUUCACCUGUAAUCAUGUAAAGAGAGCUGUAAAGCACUAUUUAUUUGGUGUAACUCACUGUUUAAGAUUAUACAGAAGAUCACAGUCCUUCUGACCCCUGGUUGACCACUCAAUCAAGCCAACAUUCAAUCCACACAGAAUUCAGUGCUCAUGUACCAUCUUCUGUUAACUCAUGUUUUCAAAUUUAAAGUGAAGCAUGCAGUGUACAACAGAUUGCAAUUGCAAAAAUAACCAUUGGUCAGUCAAACAGAUAGUCCCACCUAAACACACAGCAUUGGGUUCAAAGCACCACAGAGCAAUAGUGUUUACAGGGAUAUCAACUUGUUCUUGCUUAUAGUUCUUUACCAUUAAACUGGGAUUGGAGAAAGUAUUUGUUAACUAUCCAAAAUGACACAGUUCAGCUUUAACGAGUGACUGUCUCUUCGUGCUGGCCAGCCUGAUUAGUGUUUUACAAAUGUCUCUCUGUGUGCUUGAUGGCCAAACCUCCCUCUACUCCAUCACACUCUUUGGUUUAUGUAAUUAGUGUAAUAUAUUUAUAUAUGUGAAGUGGUUUUGUUUGUUUUUGCUUGGCUAGCCAUUUUCCUGGUUUCCUCUAGUCUAGCUGUUUUUUGACAUAGGACAUUUAUUUUAUAUAGCCACUGUAAAUGUCUUUGUAUUUUAUUUUUCCCAUGUGAUUGACUCUGCCACUGAGUGGUAGGGAAUGUUUAAAUUAUGAUAUAUCUCUAACUGCCAGUGUUAUAUAAUGUGCAUUAAGCUGAGUGGGCAGGGGCUUCAUGAAGGAAUUCAAUAUGAAUUCACUGACAGGUGACAAUCAACUGGACUUGUUCCUGCGGUUAAUGACAUGCAAGUAGCACUUCUUAGAAAAACAAAACAGAGCAAUACAACUGCUGUAGUGUGAUACACUUUUAUCAGGACUAUUAGACAUUGAGAUAAAAACGCAAAGCUGAAACUAAACUUGACUAAUGCUACAAUCCUGGUUCAUUUUCAACACUAGCACAUUGAGCGCUAUGCAAAUCUGAUCUUCUGGACAGCUAUUGGCAGCUACAGAAGCUGUAAACAACAAAACGUGUUAGUGUGCAACUUUUUAUCUUUUUUUUGAGUUUUAUAACUUUCCAUGUGUUCUUUUUGUCUUUUGGACUUGAUAUGUCUUGCUUGCAGGCGGUGAAAGACGGGACUUAAGUAGUGUGAUCUCUUAAGUGCUCUGAUGAGAUGGCUCUGGUGUUCGCAUGAAUUUUCCCUCUUUUUUUUUUCUUUUGGAAAAUUAUGAAAAUAAAUAAAAAUGUUAAUUCAU